AUGAAAUUGGCAAAUGUUAAAGACCUAUUGAAGGAGGUGCUUGCAGCAUUUGUUUGUGAAAACAGAUACUAUAAAUCUGUUGGAAUGGCUCUCAGCUUUAUAUUCAAUGUUCUCUCCACGCUAUUCUACCUUACAUCACUUGAAUUGCUGAGAAAUAUCAUAAAAAUAGGUGAUGCAACCAAUAGACCAUCGUUGAUUUAUCGGUAUAUAGCCCAUGCGGCAGUGGGCAUCCUUUUCAGAUGUCUAUGCAAGAUGUUUUUUGGGUAUUUUUCCGAAAAGUCAAUAAGAGAUUUAAUGGUCAGGUUUCUGAAAGAUGCAAUGAGCGUAGAAUAUAAGGAUAUCGUCAGGUCAGACUCUGGCGAAAUAAUUACAAACAUACAUGCGAAGCUUGUAGUUUACAAAUCACUUUUUGAAAUGCUCGCAUUUAAGUUAGUUUCAAUUAUGAUGUUUAUUGUCUUUUCAUUCAUUAAGAUCCGCAGCAGCAAUCAACCAUUGCUGUACUUUCUUACCCUCAUAUAUCCUGUGGCGUAUCUGCUGAUAAGCAUCAUAAAGCUAAAGCCAAUUCUUAAAUUUCAUACAUCAUAUUUAAAUGAAAAAGUGGGAAAUUCGUCGAUUUUGUACGACAAAAUACAGAAUUUUGAAUUGAUCAAAGCAUACGGGAUUGAAGAGAAGCAGUCUGGUGAGCUUUACGUAAAAACAUCCAAGCAACGAAAGGAUUAUUUUAGAAUGAAGCUUGAGGGAGAGAAGAGAAACCUCUUGGUUGAGAGCUUCUCAGAGCUUCCAUUCGUUGCCGCCAUUUUGCUAGUAAGUCUUGCUUUCUCAACCGAAGCUGUGAACUUGUCAGUCAUUUUCAUGGUUUUUAAAAGUUUAAAUGCACUUCUAAAACAAGCGUCUGAUUUAAUAUCAAGUCUUGCCAUAUCCUUGAACGGCAUUGAGGAAAUAUUCGAUGUUCCAGUUGAAACGAAAACAAGAAAGACGCUUGUCUUUAGCAACUGUAUAUGCUUUAAGUCCAUCAACAUUUACCAAGACAAAACGUUAAUAUUAGAAAACAUUAAUCUGAAAAUUCAGAAGAAUGAUAAGAUUGCAGUGGUGGGAAGAAAUGGAACAGGAAAAAGCACCUUCCUCAAAACUCUUUUGCGAUUUUCAAGCUAUGAUGGAGAAAUUACCAUCGACGGCCAAUCCAUCAACAGUAUUUCUAACAGCUCACUAUUUGAUCUUAUUGCCUAUGUUUCGCAAGAUGACUAUAUCUCUGAUGCAACUAUUUUGGACAAUGUUAGAAUGGGCAGCAAGCAUUCAAGAAUUGACGAGAUUACUUGCAUGGCAACUUUGCUCGGAAUUCAUUCGGAGAUUGUGAGUCUGAAGAAUGGAUAUAAUACGCAUUCUGGAUUUAAUGGAUCCAACCUAAGUGCAGGCCAAAAGAAGAAAAUCUGCAUACUCAGAGCCUUUGUCAAAAAUUCACCAAUCUUGGUACUUGAUGAGGCCACGUCAACAGUCGACAAAAAGUACGAAGAUUACUUCAUCAAGCAUGUGCUAAAAGAGAUUACAAACAAAACCAUUCUGAUGAUCAUUCACCAGAAAGAACUUGUCAAAUACUUUGAAAAGGUGGCUUUUUUAAAGGAUGGAAAGGUAGAAGAGUAUGGAAGGUUCGAUGAAAUUUAUAGAAAAAGUAAGGCUUUUAGAGAAUUUAUGAACGAGAAGUGCCAAUAA